UAAGAGUUUUGGAUGGUCUGUUAAUGCUCUCUUUGACCAGCUGUUUUUCAAUGAUUCUAUGCUAACCUGAUUUGAUGUUUUAGUGUUGAAUACUGAAUUAAUGUUAAAGUCUACUUUGUUUCAGUUGAAUUUAUUGUUGUUGUUACUCCAUAUAUUUUAUUAGAGGAAUAAUGGCUAUGUUUACUCGUGUAUUCGACGGAGAUAUUCACGUCCAGAGUAAAAUUUACCCCAGCAACCCCGCUAGUAAUGCCAACCAACUCAGCCUUGCCAAUCCUGCCAAGCUUAAUCCGUUGGCAUCCUGCUUCAAACCCAGAGCUCUCCGAUCACAGUCUGAGGGUGCUACGUUGAAAGCUUAUCAAGAUAAACUGACGAAAACGCAAGUCGUCGAGAAAACCGUUACCUUCUACACGCCUAAUCCAGCUGAGAGUUCGGGACUGGUAGCUUACGUCAACCAACGCUUCUGCACGGUGUCGCGUCGUGACGCGCAGUUGCUGGAGCUCUUGGCUCCCGGUCCUCCACUGCCAUCGCAUCUGCAGCCCGCCUGCAGUUACUGCCAUAAACGCUCGCCCAAGAUAUGUUGGCAUCCCUUCAAAGAUAAUUUGGGUAGGAUCAUAUGCCCUCUGAUUGGAUACAAGUUGGCAGUUCUGGAGACGUAUAGAAAGAAACAUCCAUCUUACCAAGCCAUCAGGUCGGUUCACCGUCGGCUCGUGACUGGCCAAAAGCGUUCGUUAACUCCUCCUGGACUACAUCCUGAGAAUCGAUCAAAGCUGCAGUACCUAAACGAGCUCAAUAGUUUCCGAGACAUCGAAAACAUGAACGACAUGAAGUUGAAGCGCAAAUGUCUGAGGUACGAGGCAGAGCGGCAAUCGCUGGAAGCUGAUUACUUCAAGAAGCUGCAGGAAUGUGAAAAAGCGUACAACAGUAAAUCUACGGGAGAAGUCUUGUCUUACAUGCCAGUCUCUGAAAGAAUAGCAAGUAGAUCGCUCCGCUCUGCCGCAAGCUUAAAUCUUUCUAAGUUGUCGAGCAUUUCGUCCAAAGACUCGAAGACUACUGAUGGUGCUCGUUCCGGUAGUGCCAAGUUGGGCAACAAUGGAUAUUCCAGUCACAACUCGUCAAGCGAUGGAAGUGGUUACACUUGCUCUUCAAAGAACGGUUAUGGGAGCGAAAAGUUCCCACAGAAUAUGGAUGCUUACGUUGAGAGUGUGCUGGCUAAUGAUGAUUCAUGUUUAUCCCACAUAACUGGAUCUGUUACUUUUGAUGGUUCGAUUAGCAGUCAAAACGGCAGCAAUGUUGAUUGCUCGACAUCUGUGAAGCUUCAAGCUUCUGACUACAACUGUGUUGUUUCCAAUCGUAAUCGGGUAUCCAAAGACAAUUAUUUUAAUAGUUCAUUUUCAUUGGUUUUGUCUGAUGCUUCGUCCAGUGAAUCCGAGAACUCGUUCAUUUUUUCAUUGCUGGGUGACUUGCAAAAAAUUUCUGCCGACUCGGGAUCGAAGAAAUUCACAUCCACCGAAAUUCUAUCCGCACUACAGUUCACUUUGCUGGACAAGGUUGAUAAGGAUGACAUCUGGAAAGAUGUCUACCGUCGGACAAUGGAUUGUGUCCUGGAUCGAUGUUCUGUGAGGAAGGAUUUUAUCAGAAAAUAUUUAGUUGACAAUUUUUACAACGAUUCCAUGUAUCAACCCGACGUAAUUUCACUCGCCGCCAUAAUUGCGAAUGUGUUGCCGUUGCCUCAGACGAAUCUCCGCCGUCUGUCAUUCUGGAUCGAUUUGGAGCACAUUAUUACAAUUGCCUGGAAUUCUGACGGUAAUAUUGAUGGUUCAUCAUUAUCGACACUCAAAGAUAGAGUAGUAAAAGUAUUGAACUCGUUCGGAGGCGAAGAUUAUCCAUGUCCGGUCAGAGGCGUGCAUGGACUAACAGAGAGCAAGUAUUCUCAGAACGGGGCAUUUGAGAUCACCACUGCUCAAGCUCAACAAGAUUUAAACAAUAAUUGUAUUUUUACUUUGCCAUAUGAAUCGAAAAAAUAUCGCAAUAUUUUGACUUGCACAGGAUACGAAAAAGCUGAUCUUGGAAAUGACGUUUGGUGUCAACCGAAACCAAUGAAUGCUCACCAAGCAUCGGCGCCCUCUGACUCACUGGCUGCUACUUGGGCUGGCUUUACCGAUUCAGCGCAACCACGCCUCAGCUUUAGUCAAGUUUGCAGCAAACCAGUAGAAAGCUUCAAUCAGACUUGGAAAUGUGGUCAGAAUGAACAACUCGCCCAAGUCAGUGUACCAAAAGUCCCUUGGAGCCUGAACUGUGGCGAACAAAUGACGUUUGGAAAACAUUUUCAACCUGAACCUUCCCAGAGCCUACAAGGAUUUAAGACUGCGCUUCUGACGCUGAAGCUGCUCGAUUAUUUCUUCGACAAUUGUCAUAUUUUCUCGACACAUUUUCACACCGAAGAUGUCCAACGAAUGUUAGCUAGCGUUUCGGUGUCGAGCGUACAAAUCGCAAAGGCUGUCGAAAUGUUAGAUUGCAUGGUUGACACGGACAAUGAUGGCAUAUUUAGGCCGGAGACUAGAUGGCAAAAACCAAAUUUCGAAAAAGUGAAAAUUGUUGAUAAAAUCUGGUCUUCCUACGAUAAACGCGGGGAACACUAUAGUCUUUGGUAGCUCAUUAUUUAGCAUUAAUUUGUUUGAAUUUAAUGGUGAUGUAUACAUCUGUACUAUUUCAAUUCUUAGUUAAAUUUUAACUUGUUCUUUAAUGAUGGCAACUUUAAAAUACUGUAAUAAUUUCUAAAUUGUUAUGUAUUUUUCCCAUUUGCACAUUUUAUGAUGUCAGAUUUUACUUUUUAGGUGUAGACAUUCAUUUGUGUGAAUAAAAUGUGUUUUAGCUGCUGCAUCCUGACGUGCUACGUUUUAUUUCAGACGUGAAUCGGCAUUGCUUAAAUAUUGCGGUAUUAUAUCAUAUUGAUGUCUGAUGUUAUCUAGGUGACGAUGUUGUCAUCUCAGUUCAGAUCUAUGGAAUAACAUAACGUCAAAUAGUGUUCAUUUUGAAGAAUACAUUGACUUGAUUUGUAUUUGUUAGAAUUGAAAUUUUAAUACAGGACCACGAAAUGCA